CUGCUUUCAGCCGUAAAGUGGACGCGUGCCGCAAACGAACAUGACUGUUUCAUAUUCAGCAGAGGUACCGAAUGGUAGCAAUUUUGGCGUAUUUUGGCGCAUCCUAUGGAAAUGGCGUGGCAGUGUAUAUAAAGCUGUGUGGCGUGAACUGUUGGCAUAUCUGCUAGUCUACUAUACUCUUAAUUUCACCUACCGUUACGGACUCAGCGAAGAUGGUAAAAGAGUUUUUGAAAGAAUCCGGACGUACUUUGGACAACAAAGGGAAACGGUGCCACUGUCGUUCGUGCUCGGCUUCUACGUCAGUUUGGUGGUGAAACGUUGGUGGGAACAGUACCGAAUGCUGCCAUGGCCGGAUACACUAGCACUGUUUGUCAGUGCCGCCAUCCAGGGUAAUGACGAAACUGGACGACUGAUGCGACGAAACAUUAUGCGCUACAUGGUGCUGUCCUACGUUAUAACCCUGCAGAAGAUUUCGCUCCGUGUGAAACGUCGGUUUCCUGGCUGGCAGCAUCUGGUCGAUGCAGGUCUGAUGUUGGAAAGUGAGCGCAAAAUUUUCGAAAUUAUGGACGCCAAAAGCCCAAUGUCCAAGUACUGGAUGCCGCUGGUUUGGGCUACCAACAUUAUCAAUCGGGCCCGCAAGGAUCAACUUAUCCCUUCCGAUCAUAUCGUCCAAACGCUGCUCAUGGAGCUGUCCGAUAUUAGGCGUAGGCUCGGUGGUCUAAUAGGUUACGAUACGGUUUGUGUGCCGCUGGUCUACACGCAGGUCGUGACACUGGUACUGUACUCAUACUUUACCGCUGCCAUUAUGGGUAGUCAGAUGAUCCCGACGUACGAUGCGGCGACCGGCACGUACCAGGAGCUGGAUGUGUUUUUCCCACUGUUUACGGUGCUCCAGUUUGUGUUCUACGUGGGGUGGUUGAAGGUGGCCGAGGUCCUGAUUAACCCGUUCGGUGAGGACGAUGAUGACAUCGAGCUAAACUGGCUGAUUGAUCGACACAUCAAAGCAUCGUACAUGAUCGUGGACGAGAUGCAUGACGAACAUCCUGAACUGCUGAAGGAUCAAUACUGGGAGGAGGUCGUACCGAAAGACCUGCCGUACACCGUUGCGUCCGAACAUUACCGGCGGGAGGAACCGAAGGGUUCGGCUGAACAUUACAAGGUGAAGGAGGCGGAUGCAGUCUACGCCAACAUUGGCGCCGUUGGUAGCAAACGUAUGAUGAACGACGAGAUGUAUGCCGACUAUGAGAGUGUGGACACUCCAAUGGCGGAACGACGAAAGGGAUGGCUAGGGAAGGUUAGCCGAAUGGGAUCUGGACGAAGUUCUUCAACCGCUUACUCGUCCGGUGGUCUUUUUGCGCGCAAUCGACACAAUUCCGUGUACUCUAGCCCUGAAGCAGGUCUCGGACAACCGAUCGUCACGGGUGCUCCUGCUCCUAAGGUUAGCCUGUACGAUCGGUUCGUAAACCGAAAGUCUGGCCGCCAUGCGAGGCAAAUUAUUAAGCAAAAUUCGAAGCUCAGCCUCAACGGAUCGGUCAUAUCGAACGUACCGCAAAAAGCACGACCACGGAUACCGACACCGGACGUAACGAAGGAAAGCCGUGUCCCUCCACUCGGUACAAUGACGACUAGCACCGCAAACAUUGCAUCUGGUGUUGCACUGAUGGCAACACAGCUGGCAAACAAUCCUUCCAUUUAUCCGGCAUCCACCGCCACGCUCAACAACAACGAAGUUCCGGUGGUCGGAACGCUUCUUCUAGCACCGAUCAAAGAGCUAGAUUCAAGCUCGACGACCAACACUUUACAUUCUGGCCAGUCCGCUACAGCAUCGUUGGCUAAAUCCAUUUUGCCAACGGCAUUGAAGAGCUCUGAGCAAACGUUUACACGUUCUCGUCCCUACUUUGCAGUGUCCCCGUUCGGGAAGGAUGGCACUAAUCUGGAGCUCACACUCACAAACUCGUCGUCCCUUGGCGGGUCGCCGAAUCCGCUCGGUGCCAACACGGUCAUCGUCCUACCGGCAACCACCACCACAGUGGCCGUGUCCGCCAACGGUACUACAGUAACGGGUACGAUCCCGAUCACGGCUGGACCGGGACGAUCGCUAGAUACAACCGAUACUUCGAAUAGUAUUCGAAGUUCGACGCUGGCAUCGGGCGGAGUUCUAGUGCCGAAAACGGACGCCCUGCUGCCCAUUUCACUCACCUCCCUUCCACUCUCGUUCACCGUCACUCCGGUAACGAACACUGUUACUGCUAACAGCACCUCCACCACCACAACUACCACCGGCGGAACGAUCAUCACCGAGCUGCCAUGUGACGAUGGUGAGGUUAGUACCAGCGUAACGAUGAGCAAUGAGAAAAGUCGUGCCCCGCCCAGCAGCAAUGCGGACAGUUCUUCCUCAGCUGCAUCGACACUUAGCAAACGCAAACCAAAGCAUGGCGAGGUUUACGUCUAG